CCGCAGUCUCUUGGUCAUCCCCUGUACUGUCUGCAGUCUUUUGGUCAUCCCCUGUACUGUCUGCAGUCUCUUGUCAUCCCCUGUACUGUCUGCAGUCUCUUGGUCAUUCCAUGUACUGCCUGCAGUCUGUUGGUAAUCCCCCGUACUGUCUGCAGUCUCUGGUCAUCCCCUGUACUGUGUCCGCAGUCUCUGGUCAUCCCCUGUAUUAUGUCCGCAGUCUCUGGUCAUCUCCUGUACUGUGUCCGCAGUUUCUGGUCAUCUCCUGUACUGUGGCCGCAGUCUCUGGUCAUCUCCUGUACUGUGUCCGCAGUCUCUUGUCAUCUCCUGUACUGUCUCUGCAGUCCAUUGGUUCAGAAUAUUUUUUUCUUGUUUUUCUCCUCUAAAACCUCUAAGGCACGUCUUAUGGUCAGGUCUUAUGGAGCGAAAAAUAUGGUAUGUUGUCUGUACAUUCACUUUAAAUUAUUAUGAUAGCACAACCUUACUGGCCAUGCAUAG